CACAACAAAGCAGAAAUUGCUAGAAAAAUAUUAUGUUAUAAUUUGGUAAACAUUUUCACCGUUUUGAAGUAAAAGAAAAUAAUUUUGUUGAUAGAAAUACUUCUUUCCUUUGGAGAUAUUAAAUAAAUAAUGAUUCUAUCUCGUGGAAAAACAGACUCAGCAAAAUCGCAUCAGGCGGUUAGCGCUACUCAAGUUAAGCGUAUACCCAGUUCCUUGGAGGAUUUCUUAUUAAAGCGCGAUUAUACUGGAGCGAGAGCUUUUCUUGAGUUCUCUGGUGACGACGAUGACGAAGAACAUCAAUUGGCUAAGGAGCAGUGGACCGCCUUCUGCAGUUUCCAUUUGGGUGACUACCAAAAGGCGCUACAAGAAUAUAAAAGCAUACGAGAUGCUGAGCCCGCCACUGAAGACAUCACACUCAAUAUCGCCGUUUGCAUGUUUUACCUGGGUAUGUACGAGGAAGCACAUCGUUUGAUGGAACAAACACCAAAUACAUCGCAGAAGCUCCGUUUACUCUUUCACUUGGCGCAUAAAUUUGGCAACGAGGCACAAGUGACGCAGCUGCAGGAUUCGCUACAAGAAGAUGUGGAAGAUCAGCUGAGUCUCGCCUCUAUGCACUAUCUACGCGCACACUACCAGGAUGCGAUUGAUAUAUACAAGCGACUAUUGUUGGAUAAUAAAGACUAUUUAGCCAUUAAUGUAUACUUGGCGCUCUGCUUCUACAAACUGGACUACUAUGAUAUGUCGCAAGAGGUCUUGGACGUCUAUUUGGCCAAGCACAAAGAUAGUACUAUAGCCACCAAUCUGAAGGCUUGUAAUCGCUUUCGGCUCUUCAACGGACGCGUUGCCGAACAAGAGAUACAAAAUAUUGCCGACAAUGGCACAUUCGGCGCGGAUUUGAUACGUCAUAAUUUGGUUGUGUUUCGCAAUGGCGAAGGCGCAAUGCAAACAUUUCCGACACUGCUAAACAUCGUGCCCGAAGCGCGUCUCAAUUUGGCUAUUUAUCAUUUGAAGAGCGGCAAUGUGCAGGAGGCUCACGCUUUAAUCAAAGAACUACAGCCCACCGUGCCGCAUGAAUACAUAUUGAAGGGUGUGGUGCAUGCGGCACUCGGCCAACAGAUCGGUUCGAAAGAGCACAUCAAAACCGCUCAACAAAACUUACAUUUAGUCGGCAGCUCGGCCACGGAGUGUGAUACCAUACCUGGACGUCAGAGCAUGGCUUCGGCUUUCUUUCUCUACUCACAGUUCGAGGAGGUGUUGGUCUACAUGAAUUCCAUAAGAAGUUAUUUCGUGAAUGAUGACACCUUCAAUUAUAAUUAUGCUCAAGCUAAGUGCGCGACUGGUUAUUACAAAGAAGCGGAGGAGUUGCUUAUGCAAAUUAUGGAUGUGGAUAUAAAGAAUCAGCAUGCAUACUGUAUGAUUGUGGCGAAAUGUCAUAUACACGCUGGGCGUCCUGAAUUGGCUUGGAAUGUUUUCAUUACACGCGAUACAAACUCUGAAGCUUUCUUAUUGCUCCAACUUAUUGCGAAUGAAUGUUAUAAAUGCGAGGAAUUUUGGGUGGCCGCGAAAGCUUUCGACAUGUUGGAAAAACUUGAUCCAAGCCCUGAGAAUUGGGAGGGAAAGCGUGGCGCAUGCGCUGGUGUACUUUAUGCUUUGGCCACGAAGGCUGAUAAAGGAUGUCCGCCGAAUGGUGUAUCCGAUGUGAUUGGUUUACUACGUGACUCAUCGAAUCCACAGGCAGAAAAUUUGAUAAAAGUUAUACGCAAACAUAUAAACAGUUUGAAGUAAAUACAACGUUACGGAUUUAAAGCAAAUAAGAAUUUAAUAAAAGUGCAGAAAUAGAACCAAA